GCGUCUCUCUCUCAAUUCAUGCUCAUCUCAUCAAAUCAUAUAUACAACUUUGUAUGUAUAGUGUAUGUAUCUAGAGAGAGAGAAACGAGAACUGGAACGGUUGUUUAUCGUUGAUCACACGUUUCUUCUACGUUUUGUUUCGAUUGAAAAUGUUGUGAUUCAUCGUGUUGAUUUGAAAUAUACACAGAGAGAGAAGUGAGAGAGAUGGGAGCUUGCUUGUCGACGCCGGAGAGUUGUGUCGGAGGUAGAAUAAGAUCGUCGAAGAGGAAAUUUAGGAAGCGAAAGAAAGACUUGAAGCGACGUGUUUCCACUCGUCUUUCCGAUCAACCAAAGUCCCUUCCCUCAGAUCGGUCCUUGGUUAAUCCUACUUUCCGCGGAGGGAGCAUUGAUGAGUUCUUUUAUGAUUCUGCUGCUGUUCUUGAAUCAGACUGCAGUGAAGAAGAUUUCCAUAGUGUUCUUGAUGAUGUGGUGUCCCUAAAUGGCUCAGAAGGCGCCUCCAGGGCAAGCAUUGCUUCUCUCAGGGAUGUCAAUCACGGAGAUGGUGAGAGUCGUAGAAGUUCAGUGCAUCCAGAAGAAAUGAAUCCACGAUCCAGAUCUGAUGGACCUAAUAAUGAUUUCCAGCCCGUAUACAUUGAUGAAAUAUCUUCUUCUGUAGAUGAUAAUGCUGGAAGAGAGAAUGAUUUAUUGGACUGUGGAGUAAUUCCCGGUAACUGUCUGCCUUGCCUUGCUGCAACAGUUCCAUCUGUUGAGAAGAGAAGAUCCUUAAGCUCUAGCCCACCAAGUGCAAGGAAAAAGGCUGUUCAUAAACUCUCCUUUAAAUGGAGAGAUGGACAUCCUAAUGCCAAUAUCUUUUCUUCAAAGAUGCAUCUACAACGACCGAUAGCUGGUUCUCAAGUACCCUUCUGUCCAGUAGAGAAGACAGUGCUUGAUUCAUGGUCACAUGUUGAACCGAAGACUUUCAGAGUACGAGGAGUGAAUUAUUUGAGGGAUAAAAAGAAAGAACAUGCACCUAAUUAUGCAGCAUAUUACCCAUUCGGUGUUGAUGUGUUCUUAUCUCAAAGGAAAAUUGAUCACAUUGCUCGGUUUGUUGAGCUCCCUGUUGUUGGUUCUUCUUCCACAGAACUUCCGUCUAUUCUCGUUGUAAAUGUACAGGUUCCGUUGUACCCUGCUGCCUUUUUCCAAGGAGAAAUUGAUGGCGAAGGAAUGAAUGUAGUUUUGUACUUUAAACUUUCUGAUAGUUACUCGAAGGAACUUUCAUCCCAGUUUCAAGAUAACAUGAGAAGGAUUCUUGAUGAUGAAAUAGAAAAGGUUAAAGGUUUUCCUGUCGAUACACUUGUACCAUUUCGUGAAAGGCUGAAAAUAUUGGGUCGGGUUGUAAAUGUAGAGGACCUUCAGUUAAGUGCACCAGAGAGGAAGCUUAUGCAUGCUUACAAUGAAAAACCUGUUCUUUCACGUCCUCAACAUGAAUUCUACCAAGGAGAGAAUUACUUUGAGAUUGAUUUGGAUAUGCAUAGAUUUAGUUACAUCUCCAGGAAAGGAUUUGAAGCAUUCCAAGAUAGACUAAAAAACUGCAUCUUGGAUGUGGGGCUGACAAUACAGGGAAACAAAGUGGAGGAAUUGCCAGAGCAAAUCUUAUGUUGUGUAAGGUUGAAUGGUAUUGAUCGCAUGAGAUACCAAAUGUUGGGGUUAAAUCAAGAGCCACUAUGAUAACUUCCCCAAUAAAUAGUACUAGUGUAAGCAAUAUUUUAUGAGAAUUGUUUUCUGAACAUUUCUUUCA